UAUAUGGUUGUUAUCCGUGUGAUAGUUUUGAUAUGUGAAAUAGGUUUCUGGACCUUUCUCAUUUUUUUCUUUCUAAUUCCCAUAUUAAAGUUGGUUGCUACAAGCGUUUUGAUUGUUCUCAUUUUUACAUAGAGUACUUGCUGGAGAAGAGCAAUAAGAAUAUGGAUAACAAACCAGAAGGAAAAGAAAGAGAAUAUGAAUUCACUGAAAUCACUCUCAGGCAAAUUGAACUGUCAGAUGUGGAUGAUUUCAUGGAGUGGGCAACAGAUGAAAAAUUCAGCCGUUUUUGCAUCUGGGAUACUUGCACUUCCAAAGACCAAGCUUUGGAUUAUAUCAAGAAUAAUGAUAUUUACCAUCCAUGGUCGAGAGCUAUCUGCAUUAAAAACAAGGCAAUUAGGGAAAUAUCUGUGAUGCCAAAUUCUGGUUGUCAUAGUUGUAGAGCUGAACUUGGAUAUGAAUUGGCUCACAAGUACUGGGGCAAAGGGAUUGUGACAAGAGCAGUGAAAAUGGUGGCAACUACAAUAUUUUCAGAGUGGUCAAAUCUGGAGAGGAUUGAGGCGUUCGUGGAUAUAGACAAUAAAGGAUCACAAAGAGUGCUAGAAAAAGUUGGGUUCUUGAGAGAAGGUGUUCUAAGAAAGUUCAUGAGUAUAAAUGGGAAAUCAAGAGACAUGGUAAUAUUUAGCUUGCUAUCUACAGAUGUUGUUCAACACUAGCCCCCGCAACUUUUUCAUGUAUUCUCCUUUUCCUCUUGGAGAUCAAAAGGAGGAGCCAAAGGAAGUCUGUUAGAAAUAUUUUAGCUGUCAUUUAUUGUUUGAUUACAAUUCGGACAGUAAUUGUAUUGAAUCAUUGCCUGAAUUAGUAUUGUAUGAACUAUUGAUAGACUUUAUGAA